ACCAUAUCACUGCCUGCUGACUACUGAGUUUAAAAAGAUGAAAAAAUGAGAGUAAAGACACAGUAAGUUCCUGGCACUCUGCACACGGUUCUAGAAUGGGAAAGCGAGUGAAAUAGAAACUGAUCAGGAGAGAGGAUUAUGACGAUGGCCAUUAUCCUUGACAAAGAACUGUACCCAGAUGGUCUGGGAGGGUAUAUAGGGAAGCGGUGGAUGGUUUGAUUCUUCAUUCUUCACUGAUCGCGAUCUCCAGAUGCUCUGCUGCUCUGACAUACGCUGAUGGCCCGUGGUGGUAGUGAUGAUGUGACAGAUAACGGAGUGGAGGAGGAGCUGGAAGCCAUGCGCGAGGAGGACUCGUCUUGGCACCCUUGCCGGGUGUCUCUCAGCUCCACUGGAGUUGGUCUUGUUGUAGACUUUGGGGAUCAGGAACCAGAGAACAUGAUAUUGGACAAGGAAGAAGAGCUUUCAUGCCUUCGUUUUCGCUCUGUUCCUCUACAAGGUGGUGAUUGUUCUCACAUCAAAGAAGGUGAUCGUGUGCUUGCCAGCCAUAAGUCACACUACAAGACCCUCUUCCUUGAUGCGGAAGUGGAAAAAACACUAAGGGUAAGACACUCAGCAAGGAUCCACUGUAGAUGUACUUUCAUGAUCAAAUGGCUUCAGCAAGAUCUCAAAGUUGGAACAGAAACCUUGACUGUUCCAUCUACUUCAAUCCUUAAACUGGCCUCAAAAAGUGUCAACAAUCACCCAACUGUUGCUGCAUUUUUAAAUUCACUGGAAAGAUCAAGUUGCUAUGAUGCCUCUCUUUUUCCAACUGUUCCUGAAGACAUUGAUUAUGAGACAAACCUUCAUAAAUUGCUGGAAAAGCAAAUAAAAGAAAUUAGCAAUUUAUCCGAGGCAUCCAACAAGAAGGUUUCGGAAGAUAUUCUGCUGGAGUUUAAAGUUGAUACCAAGGGACAAUUUGUAUGCAAGCCGGAUGGCGUAUCCAAAAGAAGCAUUUCAUCUCUUCAAGGUCCUGCUGAACGAAAUCACACAAGGAUGUCUACUCGGAGUAGGGGCAAACGGCAAGUAGAGAUGGAAGUUAAGGAUCUACCAUCUUCAGCUCCAAUCAUGCGGGAGGAGCGUUCAGAGAACAGGGUUCAUCUCAGUCCUCUUGCAGCUCGUGCUGCUCUUGCUUCAUUCCGAUCAAAACUUCCUCUUGAUCUUGAAUUUUCUGUCUGCUCCAAUGAAGGAAAAGUGACUAAAUCUUUUAAUUCCUGUGGCGGGAACUCGUCAGUAAUGGACCAGACCUCCUCUGAUACACUGACUGCCUUUGCUCCAGUUGUAGAACCUACUGACAUUUUUCAGUCGCAGAUGUCUCUUGCAAUGGGUUGUUCAGGAAAUCUGCAACAUGUCAAGGAAAAUUCUAGAACUUCGGCCAGAAGGAGGAAAAAUGAAAAGAAAACCUCAGAAAGCACUAAUUCUUGUGCAGGUAUAGCAUGUUCAACAUUGGAGAAGAGGUUGAGUGAGUCCAGUCAAAUUACUGGGUUAACUUUCUCGGGAAUUCAGAUAAAUACUGAUAAUGCAAAUAACAAUUGUGAGCUGAUGGCCUGUACUGCAGAGACGAAGUUAGGUCCCGUAACCAGGACAAGAAGGUCAACUCGUAAAUCAGUUCAGAAUGAAGUAGGGAAUUUGACAGUGGAAGUGAGACAGGAGCUGGAAAAGACUAAGUGCUCUCAAUUCACAGCGUCAAAAAAUUCAGAAGGAAAUGAUACAUUCAGUGGGAACGAUGUGCCAGAAAAGAGCGAACUCAUCUCUUCACAACUUGAUUGUGAGACUGACUCACACCCUAUUGAAAAAAGGAAUACAAAGAGGAAAACGUCCAGUGCUGUGAAAAAUGCCACCCCUAAAGAUAAAGGCAAAGUUUCAGCCACAAGUAGUAGUCAACGGAAGAGGAUGUCUGCUCCUUCCAAGGGGCAAGAAUUGCGAUCUUCACAGCGACUUAGGUUUCUCCCCCGGACUCGCUCACAGAACAGGUCUUAGUCUGAGCAAAGGAUGCGUGGAAUGAUUGGUUGGCUUUGAUUGUAGGUAGCAAGCCGAGGUGUCGAGACUAGGAGGUUUAAUAGAAUACUGCAGGGGAAUUGACUGCUGGGCUGGCAUCUUGCUUCUGCUGCAAAAUGCCUGCGUUUUUAAUGUCAAUUAAGGUAACUUUUUCAGCUCAAAUGUUGUUGCUCCGUAAGGUAAGAAUCUUUCCAUGAUAUGAUCCUUUUGAGUGCUGAUGAUGUUUAGCAUAUAGAGGUCGUCUUCCCCAAAUUUUUCCUUGCCACCUGGUUGCAAAAUUAGAUAUGGAACUCGUGUGUAAUGGAUAUUGCAGCCACGCCGGUGCAGCAUGAUACCAUACCCCGCCUGCAUGUGCGCAUGUGCAUGCAUGUUUUUUUAGUCUUCGUCUUUUUUCUUCUCGUUCUUGUAUUGCAUUUCAAGCUUAAACAUGGCGCUGAACUUGUGUUUUAAUUUUUUAAAAUUUAUAUCAAGUAAUAUUUAGAAUUA